AACAACAGCCGUAGUGACUAUGUCACAACGGGAAGCGGUGUCAAUGAACAGGGAAACCACUAUGGCAAUCGAGACUAUGGUGCUUCUGGCAGAAGCCCAAGCGCCAUUAUCUACUCCAAGGAUGAUGGCAGCUACUACUACUCCAACCCCAACGGCAGCACCUACUACAACAACGGCCAGGGCGGCUCCCGUUACAACUCUGGAAAGUAG